GCUGCACGUGCUGCUCCGCGCAUUUCAAGAUCAAGAUGGCAGCCUCCGUGUGUCGGUGCUACGAGCUGGUUGGCAGACGUGCCCUGGCCCUCUGCUCCCGGCCUCUGGUAUCCUCAGCGUGGAGAGGAGAUGCCUACAGGUUACGUGGGAGUCCAGCUCCCUCUGUGCAGGUGCGAUAUGCUUCGGGACGCAAAGGUUUCCUGGGAGAGUUUGUGGACACCCUGCGUCAGGAGUUCAGUAAGAAUCAGGAGAUGAAAGAGAACAUAAAGAAGUUUAGAGAAGAAGCGAAGAGGCUUGAGGAGUCUGAUGCUCUCCAGCAAGCCCGUAGGAAAUAUAAAACUAUAGAGGCUGAGACAGUGAAAACUUCAGAGGUGUUUAAGAAGACCUUCGGCUCCCUGUCAGACACCGUCAAGGAGGGUCUUGAGGAGGUGAGUCGUACUGACAUUGGGAAGAAGAUCAAGGAAGGCGUGGAGGAGGCAGCCAGGACAGCCAUGCACUCUGCUGAGUCUGUCUCCAAAGGAGGAGAAAAACUGGGCCGAACCGGCGCUUUCAAGGCCAUCUCACAGAGUGUGGAGACCAUGAAGAAGGAGAUAGAUGUUGGUGAUGCCGGCCCUUACAGAGCUCCCUCCCAGCUGAGGAAGAGAAGCGAUUUCUCCUCCAAAGGAGCUGACAGCGACAGCAGAGUGUUCGAGGCCAAUGAAGAGGCUAUGGGUGUCGUUCUCCACAAGGAUUCAAAGUGGUUUCAGCAGUGGAAGGACUUUAAAGACAAUAACGUCGUUUUUAACAGGUUCUUUGAGAUGAAGAUGAAAUAUGAUGAAAGUGACAAUUCCCUCAUCAGAGCUUCCAGAGCUGUGACAGACAAAGUCACUGACUUCCUAGGUGGUCUUUUCUCUAAGACAGAAAUGUCCGAGGUGCUUACAGAGAUUGUGAAGGCAGACCCCACCUUUGACAAAGACUCUUUUCUCAAACAGUGUGAAAAAGACAUCAUCCCUAACAUACUGGAGGCUAUGAUCCGUGGAGAGCUGGAUGUAUUAAAAGACUGGUGCUAUGAAGCUACGUACAGUCAGCUGGCUCACCCCAUCCAGCAGGCCAGAGCACUGGGGCUGCUCUUCCAGUCCAAAAUCCUUGACAUUGAUAACAUAGAUCUAGCGAUGGGUAAGAUGAUGGACCAGGGCCCAGUGCUGAUCAUCACCUUCCAGGCACAGGUUGUCAUGGUGAUCCGCAGCCCCAAAGGAGACAUUGUGGAAGGAGAUCCGGGGAAGGUGAUGAGGAUGAUGUAUGUUUGGGCGUUGUGUCGUGACCAGGAGGAGCUGAACCCCAACGCAGCCUGGAGACUCCUGGACAUCUCUGCCUCCAGCACCGAGCAGGUCCUCUAGGAGGAGGUGGAGGAAGAACACAGGUGAAAAGGUCGAUGGAACACACAAACUGUGAAGAAGGGCAGCAGAUACAAGGAUGUGUCUGCUAACACCUGCACGCACUGACUCACGCAUACAGUAUAUGUACAUUAACAUCUGAGGGCAUGCUCCUUUGUUAUGCCAGAGACUUCAUUUGCACAUGUAUAUAUUUGUCCACUCUAAGCUGCAAAAAUAUACAUAAACAUAGAGUUAAACUACCGAUAUAUCCAUAGAAAACUGUGUCCACCAGUAUGUGUGUGUAGUCUCUUGCACUGGUUCGCUCAGUGCUUGGAUUUCCAGGUGGAGUCGAAUAUAGAACAUUUACAUUAAUUUUGGAAUGGAUGGAACUUGUUCACCAACUGGCUAAAAGAGGAGCCUGUGCCAUUUCCCUUUUUUGGGUUGUUUAACCCAAUGGUACAAUCCAUCCAUACCAGCCUAGUGGCCAGGUCCAAGAAGAUCGGUGGGAAAAAAAAUGGACAUCGUACCUGUGACUUUACCUGCUGGACACUUGAAGCCUAAAAUUAAGUUUAAUGCUCAUGCUCACUGUCUUUGUCAAAAAAUGUGAAAGAAAAUUUGGCAGUGGCAUGGAGUCACAUGUUGCAGCAACCAACAUAGCUCAGUGGGACAGCAUGAGAGACCUUCGUAAUGCAGGUUCCAUAAUUCAAGUUAGAGGGGAACUCAAUGUUAUCCAGGUACAUCAGUUUAUUUCCACAGCGUGUAGCCUGACAAGACUCCCAAUGACAACUAAAUUGGAGUACGACUUUAAUCACUAUAAAGCACACAUAAGAGAAUGAGAUGUCGUAAAUGUCUUCAGACAGAAAAUGGUAACCAAAUUAGCACUGACCAUUAAACCAAGUGCACCUUAAGGCAUUACAGCAUUGGCUACAAAAUUCAGCUGUGGUGGUUCCUGCAGGCUUUUACAUCAGAAAACUUAAACACAUGUACAACAAGUAAGAUGAAGUUUGGACCUUAUAAUGUAGGAUAUAAUGAUCUGUAUAGUCAGGGUGCCUGCUGUCAUAUGUGCUGCAGCUUAAAGCGAGAAGACAUAUCUUUGCGUUUGUAUUUGCAGUUAUAUAACGCAGCAUAUGUUUUAUCAAGUUGCAGUGCAUUGGACCCCCAGUCACUGUACGUUCUGUACACCAUCAGUAAGUAGAAAUGUAUUUACAGCUCUCAACCCUUUGUAAAUAUAUUAAAUAUCAAAUACUGCUUCUUUGUAAGCUUGGGUGGGACCACAUUCAUAUGUGCCAUGGCAGCUUUAUUGUUUAAGGAUCCAUUGCCAUCUCAUGUUGCUGUAUUAAAAUAUGUUUGGUUUACUUUUAUGUAUGUGGCUUUUCAAGGGGUUAAUGCUGAAGAUGAAAACUUGAAUGAAUGAGUGCAUUACUCUACUGUUGACUGUAUUUAAAAUUAAUUCUGUGUCUGUCUCUACUCUGUCACUGAAGACUGAACACAUUAUGAUUGUACUGUAACGUUUUCCUCUACUGUUCAAUUAAUCUACAGAAACGUCCAUAAAGAGAAGAGUAGUUGAGCUCAUGAUGAAUAUCUGUUGUGCCCAGAUUGUACCUUGAGAAUCAUGAUUUAUGUGUAUGACAUUUAUCAUCCAUGGCCUAAAGCGUAUAGAGUUCAUGACAACCCCUUACAGUCAAACUAUGCUCAAGUAGCGUCUCUUUGUGAUGAGCUCCUGGUGUGUGCUGACAGCAUUCAGUGAUACAGAACCCCCUGUGCAUCUUAGAGAUAUUGUGCCUUGGGGUGAAAAAUAAUACCUACCACUUAGGGCUACACUUAGCAUAUAAUGUGCACUCAAUUUGGAAAUUAAACAACAGGUGAGAUAACUCCUUGAUAAACAUGUAUAAGCUGUGAAGGUAAGAGACUGUUGGUGAGUUUCCCUUACAGCUGGUCCAUGGCAAAAUCUCUUAACAGGUAUAAAUCUGAUUAUUAUUUUUCAUCCCCACACAGUGAAUAAUAAUAAAUAAUAAAAUAUGUAACUUUUCCUCUAGCACCACUACUCAACAGAUCACCACUGUGUUUGUCCUAUGCAACACGUUAACAUUGUGGCCAGGACUUCAUAGUUUUAGUCUUAUUGUGUAUAUUAAUUCAAGGCACAAAUAUAUUAAACUAAGAUUUUUUUAUAUAUAUAUUUUACCAGAAUAAGGAUCAGUUCUUAAGAUUGGAGUACAUUGGUUUACAUAAAGUGACAACAGACCCAGUGUAACUUGUUAUUGUGUCAACAAGUGAUUUAGGAAACAAAAAGGUUUGCAUGAAAAAUGACCCUGUUGCCACAUUUUCCCAUGAUUAUAAAUCAUUUUCCAUACUGUAUGAUGUAUAUGCAUUUAAGGUGUUCCACUAAAAUUUACACAAUAUAUUCGUAAUUGAACUUUACAUUCAUUGUUUUAUGUUUUAGUUGACCAAAGAAAAAUAUAUUCAUGAGUUUUUCUAUUUUUAUCCAGUAAUAUGUCUGAAUAAAGAGUGCUGUAUUAUGA